AUGCUAGGCAUCACCACUGUUUCAUACAGAUUUAACAUUAUGAGUGAAUACACAGAUAUACUUCAGGCCAAAAGGGGAAUUCGACAGGGUGAUCCUUUAUCACCUAUGCUCUUUGUUUUAAUUAUGGAAUAUAUGAACAGGUUGAUGGAAAAAAUGCAAAGAGACCCUAAUUUCAACUACCAUGCCAAGUGUGAGAAAUUGAAAAUCACCAACCUCACUUUUGCAGAUGAUGUGUUGUUAUUCUGCCGAGGCGAUGAUAUUUCUUUACAAAUGAUUCUUUGA